AUGCCUUCCCCAACCCCAACCCAUCUAAUCCUAGUCUGCUGCCAUGCAAUUUACACAGGCGGUCUCACCCACGGCUCAUCCGAAAAAGAAUGGCUCAUAGCGCCCUUCCAAAUCGGUGAAACACCCACCUUCACUGCACACGUCCGCCUCGGGCUCUCACUCCUCUCCUCCUCGGCCCGUAAUUCCUCACUCCUAGUAUUCUCAGGCGGGCCUACAAGGGCAGAAACUCAGAUAAGCGAAGCCAGAUCUUAUCUUAAUCUAUGCAUCGACAAUAACUUCUGGUGCGUGGAAGGGUUUGAAGCAGGGGGAGAAUUACGGAGUAAAAUCGUGUGUGAGGAAAAGGCCUUGGAUAGUUUCCACAAUUUGCUUUUUGGGAUUCUGGGGUUUCGGGAGGAGGCCGGGAGGUGGCCCGAGAUGAUCACGGUGGUUAGUCAUGCGUUUAAGAGAGAUAGGUUUGUGGAUUUACAUGUCCCUGCGUUGAGGUGGCCGACGGAGAGGUUUCGGUUUCUGGGUGUCGAUCCUCCGUAUAUGGUUGAAGGGACUGAGGAAUAUGAUGAGGGGAGGGCGGUGAGGACGAGGCUGGGGGAGAGGGAGGGCGGCUACGUGCAGUGGGAGAGUGAUGGGCAGGGCGCGGGAGAUGUGCUAAAAGGGAAGCGGCAGAAGAGGAAUGCUUGGGAGGUGGAGAGGGUGUGGUUUGUGGAUGGGCAGAAGAGGGUGAAGAGUGGAGUUAAGAGUGUGAUUUUGAACGUGGAGGGGAAGGAUGGGGUGGCCGUGGAGGAGGAGGUUUUGCUGGAUGAGAGCCAGCCUUGGGAGGUGGGUGAUGAGCACGGGCACGGGCAAGAGGGUUGA